UCUGAUUGAAAAUGAUUUCUAAAUUCUAUAUAUACCAUGCGCAUAAGUUAUGAAAUUAAGUAUAUACUUCACGUCUCGUGGACAAAUCGACUUUUCUCUUCGUAAAAAGACCCCGUCAUCGCGCUUGCGAAGGUCGCCAUGCGCAUGCGCUGCAUAUGCACAUGCGCAAAAACAGAGCGCACGUGCAAAUUCUAAUGACGUCAUAAAUACAUCACCCCAGUGUUUACGCGCGAUCACUGCCGCAAGUGUAGGGAAUUCCCCUGCACGGGAAGCCGGUUAUUCCCCCUUCAGCUCGGCUGCGAUAACUGGCAGAGUUUGUCACGUUCUCCGGCUUUCUCCAGGCUGGCUGGGGUCAAGAGACGACGCAGAUCCACAGCCCCGUACACACGAUGGCCUACGACCUCAAAUACGACAAGCUCCUGAGAGCCAUCGAGUGCGGCCACCAGAACGACGCCGUCUCUUUCUUCGAGCGGCGGCUCUUCGACGUGAACGAGAGCAUCCGCUACCUCUUCGAGGACGGGAAGCGAUUCACGGUCACCCCGCUCUACUGGGCCGUCCGCCACAACUGCCCAAAGCUCUGCAGAUUCCUCCUGAGGAACGGAGCCCGUCCCUACGGCACUAUGGUCUACGAAUAUUAUCCUCUCCACGAGGCUUGCAACCGAGGCUACGACGGGGUCGUGCAAGAGUUCGUAAACGCUCGCUGCGAGCUGGACAAAGUGAACCACGACGCGGACACCCCUCUCCACGUCGCGUGCAUGAGGGGACACAUACAGUGCGUUCACAUCCUCCUGCGUGCCGGGUCCGAUUGCAACCUGCGCAACAAGCUGGGCCAUACACCGCUUCAGUGCGCCGUGUAUCACGACCGCAACGACCUGGUCGAGCUAUUCAAGGCCCACAACAAAGGUAUCGAAACCACACCCCCUGGAGGCUCCACCCACCAGAAGCACUCGACGGUCUCGACGCUGGUUGCCACGUCGACAACGGGGGUCAAAGUUCAACGAAGCCACUCGUUCAACGCUGCCGGGAGCAUGUCGGGGAUGGGGGGCUGUGGUGACCAUCAGCACAGGAGGACAGGAGGGAGUUCACGACUGCGUACUUCACUUGCUCGUCCUCAGUCUUACUACGAGGAUGGCGCCAGCUCUCUGGUGAUUGGUCAGAAUUCACUGACGUCCUUCGCUACAAGUCAAAGCAUGCAGAGUCUCUCAGGAGCGUCGACUUGCCUUAGUAGCUAUCCCACCAUCUCAACACACAUCCCAACCACAUACACAACACAGUCGCCAGAUUCACCCGUCGAACUCGAUGCACCCAAACGCCCCCUUGACCCCCCGCCUCUGCCCACACGCUCCGUCAAAAUCCCGCAGCCGAUAAAAAGCAAUCCACCAAAGUGUUCGUCAUCCUCCCGUCCCUAUUCCAAACCGGCCGAGGAUUUCGGUACCAAACACGGCACGGGGAAAGGUUUCGUUAUUGCUGACGCUCCUCUCAAACCUGUUGAAGGGGGCAGAGAACAGAAUUUUCAGACCCUCUGUCCAUUUCCGUCCCCUGGGGGCCAGAAAUUGGACCCCUCAGAGAGAAAAUGUAACCCCACGAAACAUCCACUUCUGGCAUCAACAAGAUCCGACCAUCACCGUCACCACAGCGACAAGGUCCUUCAGGAACGGCUGAGCCACCCCGAAUUGAACGCCAAGAAACGGGACAUCCAGAUUUCCAAUCGCGCCAAAAGCUCGAAUGACGUUCUACUUGGAAAUUCUUCACGUCGGGACAACUCAGAGCAUCCCCACGUUCCCUCGCCGACGCGGGAACACAUCAGCUCACUGGCAAAAUCCCUGUGCACGUCUCUAGAACUCCACUCGCAAACAUCGCACCAUCUCCACCCCUCCUCCUCCUCCUCCUCUUCUUCUUCUCCUCUCCACCCAGUUCUUCAAGGUGUCCGCGCAAGUCUCGCCACGCAAGCACACCGUUUUGGACUCAGCCCCGACCACCUAAAGUGCAUUUCCGAGCUCGCCACCCCUCACCUGUCCUUCCCGUCUCUCGACUCUUCCUCCCCCUCUUCUCUCUCGUCUCUCCAGCCUUCUUUUCAGGAGGUUGAUUUCGAAGUGGUAGAAGGUCCUCUUGACCGGCAAGUUUGGGUGGAGGAGGGUCCAGCUGCGAACGAGGUGUUUGCUACUCUACUGCUGAAAAUACAAGUGUGUGAUGCUCUCGUGCGGCUUCGCUCGCCGAUGAACCAAGGUGACAUCGUUCUCUUGAAGGUAAGAGUGAGAUUGGAACCAGAUUCUGGGAGUCUGGCCUCAACAUCUCUGGGGUUGUUGGUCGGUUCUCUAUCUGAAGUGGCACUGCUUCAAGACCUCCCUCCUCACCCCAACAUCACUUCUGUUCUCUAUCACUGCCGCGGACGGACGGAAAAAUUCCGAGAGUACUUGACGCACCCCCCGUUACCGGGACACACGUCGUUGCUUCAGUCUCGUCCCGAUUCCACGACGACACUCUGGGACAAGUCCAGUUCCGGAACCACGGAAUGCGCGCACGGAUCCGACAAUCGACCGACGUACAGCCCUGCGACUACGGGUACGUUUCUAUUCCAGUCGGCGCCGGGAGUCUCCCUCGAGAAAUACUUCAGCGAUUUUCUUCACGCCGAGCAAAAGGAGGUAGCAAUCGAGGACAAAUUUCUCAACAUUCUCGCGCAGCUUUUACUGGCAGUCGCACAUCUCCAGAAGAACCUGGUGUCUCAUUGUUCGAUCAGCUCCCGAAACGUGUACAUCUCGGACAAGGGCAGUAAAGUUGUGCUGGGGGACUUCGGACAGGCCAUGAAUCUGCGUCCGAAAAACCUCGACGUGUUUCGAAAGUCGAUCAAGCAGCUGAAGGCGAGCAAAACAAGAAAGCUGUCGCCCGAAGCGGAACGUGGUCUCGCCAGUUGCGACACGGACAGCGUCACGUCCGCGUCGUGUCACGCGGUGCAAAAUCUCGAGGAAUCGUUCUCCAUGAGUGACUCAUACGCAGUCGGGGCGCUAUUUUACGACCUGUUCGGUGGAAAGGAGCAUUCUUUUUCCGAAUCGGAAACACCCUUUAUCCAUUUCCUGUCGUUCAGAUGCAAUCACUUACUCCAGAAGCUAGUCGCGCGGAACCCCUCUGACAGAUUUUCGGCCCUCCAGGGGGCAAUUUCCUGUUUCGUUCUUCUAUUUGGCCCCCGAACUUCGGAAAUUUCCGGACCUAGUGACUGUCUUAACUGGCUUGUGUCGGAAUCCCUGGAACUAUAUCUCAAUCCUGUUUUACGGGAUUCCGUAACUGGUUUGUCCGAGGCAGGGUGCAAGCGUCGGCUCCGCUAUUCUUAUCUCGUCAGCGCUCGACCGGAACUCGUGUACAACAGCUGCAAGUUCUUCAGCAAUGACUGAGUCACAUCCACCACGCACGCGCACCAGACCGACGUGCGCGUGUGCGCCUGUCUGUGUGUGCGUAUUGUGGAGCGACGGUUUGUGUGUCCUUGUGUGUAAAGGUACAUCGUGUUCACACACACACACACACACACACACAGAGUCAUAAAGUCUCAUAUUCAGUAUAAAAAAUCAUGCAUGAAUUAUA